AUGCCUGAGGUUAAACGCCAGGUCAAGCUCGUCACCGAGCAACACAUCACCGACAAGCCGCAGCAGAUGGAGGGCUUUCCGAUGCGCGCGUGGAGCAUUGAGAUUUGGCUCUUGAACGAGAACGGCGAGGAGGUUCCCGCGACGCCGUACGAGAAGGCGACGUACCGCCUUCACCCGUCGUUCGAGAAGAGGGCCACUCAGACCGUCAAGAAGCCCCCGUUCCGCAUCGAAGAGGAGGGUUGGGGCGAGUUCGAGAUGCAGAUCACCCUGUCCGCAGCUGGCAAGGGCGCCGAUCAUACAAUCGAGCACGACUUGAACUUCCAGCACGAGCGCUACGAGUCGAAGCACUGGGUCACGUUCAAGAAUCCCAAGCCCGAGCUUCUUCAGCUCCUGAAGGAAUCCGGGCCCGUUCCCGGCGAGGAGAACGGUGCCAGGAGCAGAAGUGCUCUUCCCAGUGCCAACUCCAAGAAGAAGAAAGAUAAGGCUGUCGACAUGGAGAAGCUGGCGGAUGGCCUCCAGCGCCUUGGUGAAGACGACCUGCUCCAGGUCGUCCAGAUGGUCCACGAUAACAAGACUCUCGACACGUACACGAAGAACGACGUAGAGAACGGCGAGUUCCACGUCGACCUCUACACACUCCCGGACAACCUUGUCAAAAUGCUUUGGGACUUUACGGCCCAAAGGACGGAGUUGUGA